GUCGUGAAUCUAACCGUGGUGUCGGUUACUUAAUGAAAAGGUAUGACGCACCAUCAGCGUUUUCUUCCUUUUCGUUGCCUACACGUUUCGAGGCUCUGCUUCACCGUCAAUUAACGUCCGUUUUCUCCCUUUUCGUCGUCAAAAUACUAACGCCGUUAAAAACCCUAUUUCAAAAUGAACUCUGAACCACGACGUUCGGUUCCCGAACCUCAGGCUCGUGGUUAUAAAGCCUCGUGUAAAACCUAUUAUUUGCCUUUGCUUAUUCCUCCUCUCCUUCUCACGUUUGGAUAUUUUGUGUUGAAUUUUGGAAAUCGGAGAAAUUGAAUUUGAAAAAUCAAUGGCGGAAGAAAUUGAGAAAUCUGUGCCGGCGGAGGAAUCUCUGAUGGAGAAGAUCGCUGAGAAGAUUCACCAUCACGAUUCGUCGUCAUCGUCUGAAUCCGAGUACGAGAAACCUGAUUCGCCUUCCGCUGUGAAGGCGAAGAUCUAUCGUCUGUUUGGCAGAGAGAAGCCUGUUCACAAGGUUCUCGGUGGUGGAAAGCCUGCUGAUGUGUUCUUGUGGAGGGAUAAAAAACUCUCAGCUGCUGUUCUUGGUGUCGCAACUGCCAUUUGGGUUCUGUUCGAGCUGGUUGAGUAUCAUUUGUUGAGUCUUUUGUGUCACAUUUCGAUACUCGCUCUUGGAGGCCUCUUUUUAUGGUCCAAUGUUCACACAUUUAUCAACAAGGCUUCACCACAAAUUCCAGAAAUCCAUGUUCCCGAGGAGGCUUUCCUUGUGAUUGCUUCUUCUCUGAGAAACGAACUAAACCAAGCUUUUGUUAUUCUACGAAGCAUUGCUUUAGGAAGGGACCUAAAAAAAUUCCUAAUGGUUGUCGUUGGUCUAUGGAUCAUCUCGGUCGUGGGCAAUUGGUGCAAUUUCCUGACUUUGGUGUACUUCUGCUUCGUGAUAUUGCACACAGUGCCAAUGUUGUAUGAGAAACACGAGGACAAGGUUGAUCCAUUGGCAGAGAAAGCAUUGAAGGAGUUGCAGAAACAGUACGUGGUUUUUGAUGAAAAGGUUCUCUCUAAGAUUCCUAUUGCUUCUCUCAAGGCAAAGGCAAAGUUGGGUUAAAGAGAGACGUCUAUGGUUUUCUUUUUGCAUUUUUUGAUCAUGUGAAAUUGGUUGGCACUUGCAGAGUUUUACCGCUAAUGGCCCAAAAUGUCCUUUUUAAGUUUUUUUUUUUAUAUCACAUUUUGACUACAAUUGUUUUUUUCAAAUACUAUUUUCUUUCCAGCUAUGUAUGGAGAAUUCUUGAGCUCAUGAAACGUGAGACAUGGUUUUGUUUUGGACU